AUGCCUAUUGCAGGUAUGAAGAACGAAUGGGCCACCGUUAAGGACUCGAAACUUUACGUGGGCUCGCACGGCUAUGAAGUGGUGUCGGCGAACGGUCAGGAGGUCGAUCGGUCGUUAAUGUGGGUGAAGACCAUCGACAAGUCCGGAAGCGUGCAACACCUGGACUGGACGGAAAACUUCGUCAAAGUCCGAGCUGCCAUGAAUAUACACUUCCCGGGGUACAUGACUCACGAGGCAGUCGUGUGGAGUGACGUGUAUUGCCGAUGGUUCUUUUUGCCGAGAAAAGCAUCGGCUGAACCUUACGAUCAGUUGACGGAUGACAGGAAAGGCACGAACGUACUGUUAUCCGCCUCACCAGAUUUUGAUGACAUUAAGGUGGUAUGCAUUGGCGAACUAAUACCUAACCAUGGUUAUUCUAGUUUUAAAUUUAUUCCUGGAACUAAACAUACAGUUAUUACUGCGAUCAGUACUCAAGAAGAAGGCACCAUUACAGCCACGUUUAUAAAGGCGUUCACCGUCGACGGAGAGAUCCUUUUUCCGGAAACCAAAAUUUCUGAUCUUAAGUAUGAAGGAUUUGAGUUUAUAUAA